UUUGAUCAGAUGGAAAUGAGUCACCCAGCAGGGCGUGGCUCAGCACAUAAAACCGCCGGGGGUUGGAAACAGCCUGUUUGUGUGUGGAGCUCUCCAGUCAGCAGGUUCCAGACGAUCAGGAUGAAUCUCUCAGAUGCUCUCGAUUGGCCAUCUGAUGGCAACAACCAAUCAGGAGGUCUAUGGCCUUCCAAUAACAGCAAUCCUACAUGGCCAGGUCAACCGGCAACCAAUCCCACCUGGCCCGGGGGUCAACCGGCAGCCAAUCCCACCUGGCCCGGAGGUCAACCGGCAGCCAAUCCCACCUGGCCCGGAGGUCAACCGGCAGCCAAUCCCACCUGGCCUGGAGGUCAACCGGCAACCAAUCCCACCUGGCCUGGAGGUAACCCCAGUCAACCAGCUGCCCCCCAAAAUAGUCUGGUUGUCCCAUACAAGCAGACGCUGCCACAAGGAAUUUAUGACAAACUCCUCAUAACCAUCGCCGGGACUAUCAAACCCAAUGCUAAAAUGAUCACACUGGACUUUCUUGCAGGCAACGAUUUGGCUUUUCAUUUCAACCCUCGAUUCAACGAGGACGGCAAGAAGGUGAUUGUGAGGAACAGCUGCGUCAGUACUAAAUGGGGCAAAGAAGAGAGGGAGCUGCAGCAGUUUCCCUUUGUCCAGGGUCAGCCGUUUGAGAUGAAGAUUCUGUGCACCAACAACGAGUUUAAGGUGGCGAUUAACAACUCACACCUGCUUGAGUUCAAACACCGGUUCACCAACCUCAGAGCCAUCAAUGUACUCCACAUUUACAACGAUCUCACCCUUUCCAAUGUUCAAAUGCAAACCCUGUCUUGAGACGGGUUUCUGAUCAAUUGACAACGAUUUACUGGACAAGAUCUGCACAUUCAUUAAAAUGCCAUUUACCACUUUAGUUAAACAUGAGAUCCACCAAAGAACAACUUCAGGUUUUCUAGAUGUCAGAGGGAAUAUCAAACAUUUGCUGGACAUCCUUUAGAGCUCUAGAAUCUGCCAGUCAUCAAAUUGUAAACCAUCAAUCAUUUAUAGAAUACCUACAGAUUAAUCAGACCACAGACGCAACAAAAACCCAUCUGAAAGCCAAUGGAUCCAAAAGAAUUACUCUGAUUCUCAAAAGUAGUACAUCCACCGCUUUUCUGGAAAUUCAUUCACCCAUUCACACAUACAUUCACACACUGAAUAUAUGGUGAGAGAGAUCUACUGAGAAUCUUCUUGAGACCCACUGGAGAUCUAUAGUGGAUUGAUAAGAGCUAAGCCAUAGAUAAGGUUUUAUGAGAGAUCCUCUGUACACAGACAUGGAUAGAGGUUGUCAUUAGUGGAUUUACAGCCGAUCCUCAGUUAAUUCACAAGAAACCCCAUCAUGAGUCCAGCUGUGCUAUUUCUGAUGUCUCAUCGCUGCUUUGGAAUUUGUCAAAAUAAACAAAAACAGUUGUUUUCAUCAUGCA